CAACUUGGAGAUAAAAUGACUGAGUUUCAAAGCCUUCUAAGUAUUACACAGUUAAAAGUAUCACAGUCGGAGGUUUUAGAGGCAAACGAAUGUCUUCUUCGAUGUAUCGGAAAAUAUGAGCAAAUCAGAAGUUUUCUGAAAGGAAACAGUGAAUUUGAAAUUUCUCUGUUAGAGGAAUACGGAACUUUUCCCUACCAGUUACUCACUAACUUGCUCUGCCGUACUGGAAAAUUUCGAGAUGCUCUCUAUGCUGAGGAGCUGGGACGAGCAAGAGUCCUUGCAGGAUUCAUGGCAGACAAGUACUCCCUGGAAAGCCACUUCACAGCUGAUCCACAAUCAUGGUCUGGGAUUGAAAAGAGCGUGAAAACGGAAAGUAACUGUGUUUUUUUAUAUGUUUCGUAUAGAGAGCGGCAAGUUCUCCACUGGGUAUUGAAAGGAAAUGGAGACAUUUUCUUUCGAGCAACACGUGAAGUGGAUAUAGACACUCUUAUUGCUGAGCAAGUCUGCGAUGUGGGAGGAGUUUUCAAAAAGAGCGCCGCCGGCUUUGGCGUUUUACCCGAAGCAAACUGCGAAGAUCGAUCAUUGAAUGACAACGUGACGACAUCUCUUCAUGAAGAGAGCCGGGCAAAUUUGCGAGGUGACGAAACUAAAGAUACCGAAAGAACUCAUCAAUUGUGCUACAAAUGGAUCGUCGCACCUGUGGCAGAUUUACUUACUGAGCCUGAAAUCAUCAUUGUGCCCGAUCGAUUCUUGUACCGAGUCCCAUUUGCUGCCUUGCGUGAUGAAUCAGCCGGAAAGUAUUUAUCGGAGAAGUACAGAAUACGCAUCAUCCCUUCCCUGACGACUCUGCGGCUCAUCCAAGAAUGUCCCGCGGACUAUCACAGUCCAACUGGCGCACUGGUUGUGGGUGAUCCUACGGUUGGCAAAGUGCAUUACAAUGGUGUUGUCACUAACAUUACACCAUUGUUCCAUGCAAAUAAGGAAGCAGAGAUGGUUGGUCGACUGCUCGGCGUUCAGCCUUUGUCAGGAAGUCGCGCGACAAAGCAGGCGGUACUUCAAGCGAUACCUUCAGUGAGUCUGAUACAUCUUGCUGCACAUGGAAAUGCUGAAAGAGGAGAGAUUGCUCUCUCUCCUCAAUCUACCACUGACGGUAUUCCCCAAGAGGAAGACUACCUCCUGACAAUGUCCGACAUUCAAGGAGUUCAAGUGCGAGCCAAACUGGUAGUACUCAGCUGUUGUCACAGUGGGCGUGGAUUGGUAAAAAAGGAAGGAAUUAUUGGAAUCGCUCGAGCUUUCUUAGCAUCCGGUGCACGUUCAGUGUUGGUAGCAUCGUGGGCUAUAGAAGACGAAGCAACGGCUAAGCUCAUGGAACAUUUCUAUGAACACCUUGUUCGUGGAGAAAGUGCCAGUGAAUCUCUUCACCAGGCCGUUCAAUGGUUGAGAAGCAACGGCUUUCCCAAACCUUCCCAAUGGGCUCCGUUUGUGCUUAUGGGGGAUAACGUGACAUUUGAUUUUACGAAAAAAGGGAAUGAAGAACUCAAGGAGGACAACAACGAGGCAGAGAAGGAACAGAGUCACGACUGAAGAAAAGAUUCUUCUUCCUGUACAUUGUUUUAAAAUGAACACUGGUAUUACUUUUCGUAGAUAAUUUUCACUUUUUUCUUAAGUCAAGUACGUUUUUGCAUGCUUUUGUAAACAUGGCUGAA